UCAAGAUGUAAUUCAUCACAUGUUUUUACUGAUAAACCAGUAAAAAAAAAAAGGUAAUGGAAAAUGCACAGACGACAUGUUUUAUAAGUUCCGAUAAGAGUACUUUUCUUUCCCCUUUUGUAAACUUUUCUCAUGUCAAAGAAGAACUUAAUAAACCUCAUAACGCAUUGGCGUCCUUCCAAUAUACUAGAAAGAGAUGGAAAGACAAAAAAGUUUUGUCUGAUUGUUCUCAACCAGCCCAUUCAUCACGCAGACAUCUUUCACCGGUUAUGGAACAAUGCUUCAUUCAAAUUUGUUGCUGAUGGAGGCUCAAACAGGUUAUACGACGCGUUCAAGCACGAUCAGAAAAUUUUAGAACAGUAUAUUCCGGACGAAAUCCGAGGAGAUAUGGAUUCUAUUCGACCUGAUGUUAGGGCAUACUAUGAAUCUAAAAGCGUUACAAUUACAAAAGUAUCUGAACAGGAUUCAACAGAUUUUAUGAAAUGCGUCUCUCUGCUGCAUGAAAAGGAAGCUUCUCAAGGACAAAUCUAUGAUAUUGUUGCAACGCCAGCAUUAGGUGGUAGAUUUGAUCAAACAAUAGCUAAUAUUAACAUAUUGUACAUGAUGAAGGACCAAAUAGAAAGACGAUUUAUAUUAGUGAGCGAUGAAAAUUUGACAAUGCUAUUGGACAAGGGCAAACAUCAAAUACAUUGCCAGCCAGCGUUAGAAGGACCCACUUGCGGUAUAAUGCCAAUAGGAUCACCAGCCACUAUUACUACUAAAGGCCUUAAAUGGGAUAUGGCUGACUUGAAAUGUGAGUUUGGUGGCAUGGUCAGUACAUCGAAUGCUGUAGACAAUGAAGUUAUUGAAAUUGUAACAGAUGCUCCGGUUGUGUGGACAAUCGAGAUCAAUCUUCAAUGACAAAACCAUCUUGAAACUCAGUAGCAAAAAAAUAAAAGGGCGGGGUUUCCCCCAGUCCUUUCAAUCAUCCCUUUUUGUAAACUUUCCCUUUCUCGCUUCUUUUCUUUG